UGCAUGGAAGCGUAUGUUUUGCUCCAAUUCGAACCCCUCCCAAAUUUGGCCUUCAUAAGUGAUUCCUAACAUCUUCGUUGAAAAUAAUCUUCGGGGGUUAGCUGUUUGUUUUACUUUCAUCAACUGCACACCAAACCAAUCGAAAAUUGAAAUCAAAUCACUUUAACCAACAUACGAAAAAUUGUCUCCUCCUAGGAGAGACCCUCACACCACUAUCGUCAAAGUUGGUCACAACUCCAAAUCUGCAAAUCCCUGUUCCAAACGGCCCUCUUCCAAGUUUAAUGUAAUUGAUUAGGUCUCCGACUUUUCCCAAUAACUAACAUCGUGAAGCUUUCAAUCGAGACGGGAAAUUAACCUUUGGCUUGAGAUGUCCACCAUGAAGAACAUCCGCAAUUCUUCAAAUUUUUCUAAUUGUUGCUGAAUGACCAGCUAUGGCAAUUACGCAUCGCAAGAAAGAUGGGGUUCAACCAGAUCGACAAUGGAGGACGCAAGAGAUAACAUCGACAGAGAUCCCACUCCUUCAACCUCAGCUCAAACCACGAAAUCGAAGAGAGCCUCAUCGCACGUGGAAUUCAGCGAGAAGUGCCGGGUCUGCAAAGAGCCCGCCACGCGGCAUCUUCAUUAUGGCGCCAUUGUGUGCUUUUCUUGCAAGGCCUUUUUCCGACGAGCUAUCCAGAACAAUGUCUACAAUCUUUUUAAUUGCUCUGUGGAUAACAAUUGCGAAAUGAAUGGUAUCAGCCGAAAGCAUUGCCAAAAGUGCCGCUGGGAAGCUUGCCUAAGUGUAGGCAUGAAUGGCAAUUGGGUUCUGUCCAAAGAGGAGCGCUUGGAUCGGCAAAAUCGGCGGAGGGUUUCGCAAGUUAGUCCGGAAUCGGGAGACCCCGACAAUCCCCCGAUCAUUGCUCAAAUAUCCGACACUUCCCACCAAACAUCGAGCACAAAAAAUAAUGAAAGCUGUAACGAGGGAUCUGCCAAAUGGAUUUCUCGAGAAGCCAGCACCUCAUCCAACGAUCGCGACUCGCCACCGUUGUCGAGUGGAUCAAGUAACGACAGUUCAAGCCCAGAGGUGACGGUCCCACGUCUCAUCUCCGGGGAUGUGAAUGAGGAACGAUUUAUUCAAAAGAUCACUUGUAUUUACGACCAACAGUUCUUGUCUGUUUCUUUGGGAGAAGUGAUCAUCAAGGAGAUGAUCGUGAGCUCAUUGUAUAAUGUUCCCAUUUCGGUGUCUUCGUCCCUCUCGGCGUACAGAUUGAUGGUGAGUAGGGUGACCAAAAUUGCCAACAGCUUUGACACGUUCUUCAACCUCCCCAUUCAAACGAAGAUGGCAUUGCUGAAGAAGAAUGCAGAUCCCAUGGUGCUCAUCAAUGGGGCUACGUUCUUCUCCGAGAGUGCCUCGGAUCAAAUUAAAGUUUCACUCGGGGCUGAUGACAAAGAGGCGUCCAUGCUUUUGAUCGGUCGUUCUGAAAAAUCCAUUAAGUCUGCCAAGGCCAUCACGUAUUGGAAUUGGAACUCCAUUCAAUGCCACCAUAAUCAGGAUGUUGAAGAGAUGUUUUCCGAAAACAUGGAACGCUUGGGAAACCUUCUGGACCACAAUCCCACCAUCUUGAAAGUGUUCUCAUUUGUGGUAUUGCUUUGUACCGACGGAGUGGACUUGGAUCAGGGUCUUUUAGCUGAGAUCGAAGGCUGCCAGUUGUCUCUUCUUCAUGUAUUAGAGCGUUAUCUUCAUCGCCUGUAUGGUCAAACCAUGGCUGGGUCGAUCUUUGGGAGUCUGGUAAAGGCCAUGGGGGAUUUAAGAAGUAUGAGCAUUGUUAACGCCACCCGACAAUUUACUUCAGCAGCCAUCAAAUCGCAAGACCUUGCCUCACUCCAAUCUGUGUCAACUACAUCAUAAGUGAAUUUAUCCAUGUCUUUUUCAUUGCAUUUGAUGUGAAUAAACUAAUCCUUUGCUUGUUCCAACCUUUACAA